AUGGUCCUGAGUGAGAACAUACCUGGCACAGCUGCAGAGCUACACGAGCCAGCUCUGGGUGAGCUGGUUAUCGCACCAGCACAGCUGACGAUCACCUACGGUGAUAGAUCAGGUCCUUUAAUUUCUGCUUUAGUUUCAGAAGAUCCACAGCUGCGACUGGUAUCUGGAGGGGACCAGUGCUCCGGGAGGGUUGAAGUUUACCAUGAAGGCAAAUGGGGCACAGUCUGUGAUGAUUUCUUCAGUCUGGUCAGUGGCAGUGUUGUAUGCAGACAACUUGGCUGUGGUGAAGUUGUUACGGUCUUGGGAUGGUCUUACUUUGGCCCUGGCAGUGGAGACAUCCAGCUGGAUGACGUGAAGUGUAAAGGAACCGAAUCUUACCUUUGGGACUGUCAGCACGCCGGCUGGGGCACACAUAACUGUGAACACAACGAGGAUGUCAGCGUCAUCUGUUCAGAUACCCCUGCCCUGUCCCUGCGACUGGCGGAUGGCAAUGGCAAGUGCUCGGGCCGCGUCGAACUCUAUCACGACGGCAGCUGGGGAACAGUCUGCGACGAUUUCUGGGACCUAGUGGACGCCGAGGUGGUGUGCAGGAGCCUGGGAUGCGGGGAAGCUCUGAUGGCUCUGUCCGAAGCCCGGUUUGGUCCUGGCACUGGGAACAUCCUCCUCGACGAUGUGCAGUGCCAGGGGGAUGAAGAGAACCUGUGGGAGUGCUCCCACAGAGGGAUCGCCGUCCACAACUGCCAACAUAAAGAGGACGCCAGCGUCAUUUGCGCAGAGCCAGUUACUCCCCCGGUCACAACGGAGCCCAUUCCAGCUGACAUGUCCCUGAGACUGGUGAAUGGAGACAUGUGCUCGGGACGCCUCGAAGUCUUUCACGACGGGAGCUGGGCAACCGUCUGCGACGAUGGCUGGGACAUAAAGGAUGCCACGGUUGUGUGCAGGCAGCUGGGCUGCGGAGAUGCUGUCUCAGCCAAAAUCGAUGCCUUUUUUGGGGAAGGCACAGGAGAUAUUCUCCUGGACAACGUGGCGUGCACAGGGAACGAGUCCUCCCUGGAACAGUGCUCUCACAGUGGGCUGGGCAUACAUGACUGCUACCACAAGGAAGAUGCCGGUGUUAUCUGUCAAGAUCUGCAUCAAAUUUACGUGAAGCUUAUCGAGAAAAAUGAAGAAAAAUCCUGCCAGUUGAGGAUGCAGAAGGAAAUUGCUUUGAUGAAAGUUCUGGCACUAGAUGAGUGUGUCCCUCCGGAGCCUACCACACCUGAAGCAACAGUCCUGACCGAGACCACGACGGCUGAAACCCCAGGUAUUGGUUUCUGGUCACUUACCAACCGGCAGUGA